AUGGAGCAACCGAAUGGAUUCCGAAAGAAGGGAAAAGAAGACUAUGUUUUCAAAUUGGUAAAGUCUCUUUAUGGUUUGAAACAAGCACCUCGCCAAUUGUAUCAAAAGUUGAACUCGGUGAUGAUUGAACAUGGGUACAAGAUGACCAAGGCCGAUCAUUGUGUGUUUUUAUGGAAUUUCUCCAAAGGUGAUUUCAUUAUUAUAUUGCUUUAUGUGUAUCAUAUGCUAAUUGUUGGAAAUGAUGUUCUAAGAAUUAAAGAGUUGAAUAACACUUUGAGUGAAUCUUUUGCUAUGAAGGAUUUAGGAGAGGCUAGAAAAAUUCUUGAUUCCAAGUCGAUGGAGCUUAAGAAGAUUCAAACUGAUGAUAAUGGUUCAGAUAUGUCGAUGAAGGUGUUUCUCAGGGAAAAAAAAAACAGUAGCAAAGAUAUAGCUGGAGAUGUUAGUGAAGAUAGAGAUUUUGAUGAGAAUGAAGAUGUAAAUGUUGUUGUGAGUCAAAAAAGUGUUAGUAAAUAUUUCACUGAAGAUAUAAUUGAAUUGGGUAAUAACAGUGAAGAUGGGAAUGCAAAAGUUAGUCACAAUGUUAAUGAAGAUGUCAAUAACAAUGAAGAUGUUGUUGAGGAAGUUGAUGAGAUUAUAAGUGAAGAUGUGAAUGAUGAUGCUAAUGAAAUUUCCAGUGAUGACAAUCUUAAUGAAACUUUUACUAUAAGAAAAUCCCCUAGAAAAAAAUAA